AUGCGGUUCUGGCAGGGCCGCGCCUACCUGCUGGUCGGCACCCGCAGGACGUACACCACGCCCCCCACUCCCGCCUAUUUGUUCGUCUGCGAGGACCCCGCGGACCUGACCAAUUGCCAGGACGCUACGACCGCGAGCGCGCUGCUAUCGGAGCCCUUCGGGAUCGAUUUUGCCUCGAUCAACGGCACCGACUUCAUGUUUGUCGCGGACCGCGAGGCCGACAUCGGCACCAACGUCGGCUACGUCUUGGUGUGCCGCAUGGACCCCGCGACGGGCCUGCCGGCGGCCGGCGGCUGCUCCAAGGAGCUCGGCCGCGACCCCGACGGCACCACGAUGGGCGCCCCCGGGGAGUACAUGGCGCAGCCAAAUGACGUGAAGUUCUCCAACGGCAAGGCGUACAUCCCCUGCCGGGGGAACUACAAGGCCGUCGUGGUCUGCGACGUCGGGCCCGCGGGCGAGCUCCUCAACUGCGCGACCAACACCGCGGAGGGCACCCUGACGGAAGGCAACUCGGUGACAUUCUUCGAUGGGAGGGUGUACAUCACUGGCACUCUGUCGGGCGACAACCGCAUCACGAUCUGCCAAGACCCGGUUGGGCUCACCAACUGCUCGAUGUCCCACGCGCCCAGCACCUUCGGCCCCCUUGUUAGUGGCUUCGGCAUGUACAACUCUGUCUGGGACGUGUCGUUCAGCGGCGCGCAUGCGUACAUGACCAAGCUCAGCAACCCCCUGGUUGUCUGCCAGAAUCCCGCCGACCUGACCUUGUGCUCGACUGUGGACGCGACAGACGCGACCAGCCUGGGGGCCAUCGGCACGUCGCAGAUCAAUUCGCCACUCCGCCUGCAGGUGUGGCCGUACUAA